CCGACAACAUAUGUAUGCAUGGGCGGGAACAGGCAUUGGCACUGUGCUCGCUGCUCUGCCAAGGCUCUGCCGCAUUCCGUUACCUGUUAUAGAUUUUGAUCUGGUGUUUCAGGGCCGCAUUACCUGGAACGUUACGCAGUUUAAUAUAACAGCUGUUUACGACUGGCUGUUCUCGCAUUACGCUCAAACUGAAGUGGCUGCACAGCGUAUUCACUGCUGCCAGGAUGUCUCUGAAAGCUUGUAAAUCCGGCAUGCCAUGCCCACCUCUGGCACCUGGGAAGCUCCGCAUCUACAUGAUGCGCUUCUGCCCUUUUUGUCAAAGGGCUCUCCUCGUGCUCCAUGCAAAAAAUAUUGACCAUGAAGUUGUCAAUAUCAACCUCAAGGACAAGCCCGAAUGGCAUUUCAAGUUGAAUCCGGCUGGCAAGGUCCCGAUACUCCAACAGGAUGACAAGCUGGUCUGCGAAUCGUUGGUUGUGUCCGAGUAUUUGGACGAUGCGUAUGGAAAGGAGAAGCUUCUGCCAACUGACCCUUACCUCAAAGCGAGGCAGAAGAUGUUUAUUGAAGUUGGCUCUGCGGCUUUGAUGCCAGUGCUGAAGAUACACUACAACAAGGACAACAGAGUCGAGCUGUGGAAAGAGUUCAAGGAGAAGGUGCAAGCUUACGAAGAGGAACUGUCUGCAAAAAAGACUCUCUACAUUUCUGGUGACAAGCCUGGUUUUGCAGACUACAUGGUGUGGCCCUUCUUUCCUCGGGUGCAAGCCUUUGCAACUAUCUUUCCCGAGUUGAAGCCUCCGACUGCUGAAGAGUUCCCUCACCUUCACAAGUGGAUUCAAGCUAUGAAGAAAGACAAAGCAGUUACAACUACUCUUAAUGAGCAAUACCUGCUGCAGCACACCAAGAGUGUGCUUGACAACAACGUGGAUUAUGAUGUGGGCCUGUGAUUACGCAUGUAACCGAGUAUGGUUAUGUGGGCGGUAUAGGGCACCAUUUCGCCAUAAAAAGGCGCUGUUCUUGAAAUAAGUUUCGGAGUAACAGGGAUUUGUAAAGUUAACGCUAUUUAUGCUUAUACUAUUGUAUAUAUACUUUCGGUUACGGCCAACGUACUCAUACUAUGCAUCUGAGAUCCUUACAAUGCUUAUAUCUUUUUUUAUAUAUUUGCGUUUAAAUUAAUAAAGUGAAGCAGCUAUUCCGCAUGCUCCUCUUGCACAGCAUACAUCCCUGUGUUUCCCAAAAACCAUCAGCUGCAGUAAUGCUGAGAGCCUGUUCCGCUAGACUAUUUGAAUAGCACCCAUGACAUGUCAAAUUUGUAGUUUCUUACCACUGAUGCUUCACUCAAGUUUCUGUUCUAGGAAGAAUGAGUAUUUUGAAGCAGCAAUAUCAUGUUGACCUACUUUAGGCAAUUAUGUAGUGCGGAACUAAACGUUCUGCAUGAAUAAUCAUAUUGUUCUUGUUUGAUUAGUUGUAAUGGGUGUGAUAUUUAUUCCACGUUGAACAGCGCUUGGUUAACAGGCUUUUUGCAGUUUUGGUGCGUCAUUUUCCUAUCAAGUGUGGCAAGUUGGGAGGGUUGGUAAGUUUGCAUUGAAAUGGACAUAACAGGAGCCCUUCUCUUUUCUUAGUCCGCCUUUUUUUUGUGCUGCUUAACAUCGCCGCACGUUGUUGGUCUGCUUACAUGUUUUGCUGGCAUUGAUCAUUGGGAACUUCUGUAUUGUGAUAGCGGGUACAUGAUCUAUGUACUUGACCAUUUACACUGGCAGGCGCCUAUAUUUUAUUGUUAUAGUACUGUGAUAGCUCCUUCUGGAGUGUUGAAGGAGUGCACCUGCAGCUGUGUUGCUUUGACUGUAUUUGUUCCUCAGAGAAAUGUUGAUGCAGUUUGCGACAUGUGAAGUAUGGAAUUGAACACUGAGCAGAGGUACACAUGGGAACAUGUGUUCUUGCUACUGCAUGGUUUUUAGUUUCUGGAGCUUUUAAAAUAUUCUUGGGCAGUUGAGAAGUAGAUAAAUGAAAGCGGAAAAAACCGGUGAUGGUGGUAUGUGCACCCAGGUGUGGUUGUUAUCAUGUUUAUUAAGUGCAUUUGCAGCCAUAGUUGCUUGGAAAGUCAAGAGUUGUAAAACAAAUUUGCUGAAUUUGCUGCUUAUGUCAGGCCCUUUCAGUGAGGCCACUUAAGAAGCUGUGGUAAGCUGUGGUUGCCACCGCUUUUGCAUUCUUGUUACCACACAUGGCAUGUGAAACACAUACUUUACCUUGAGAAAUUUAAGGUGAAAGUGCUUCAACAUUGUGUUCCAUGAUCACUAAUGACAUCGUUGCUAUUCAAAAGAAAAAAAAAUUGAAAGGUUAAAAUUUGUAUUCAUGUAAUCUAGCUUGAGCUGUCUUCUCCCAAAAAUGUCAUUCUUGUCACGCGCUGCUGUCUUCCAAAAAUUGUCGUGCGCUGAAGGGCAAGGUACUUGGCAAUAUUGUGACGUGUUACAGUAUGUCCUGUGAAGUUAUAUUCUCUUUACACCGCAUGGGAUGUCCACAUCAUUAAAGUGUUUCUUGCAGAUUA